CUUGGCGGACUCCGGUGCACUGUGGGAUGGAAACCCAAGCGGCGCGUCGAGGCAGGGCCUGGCGGCGGCGGCGGGGCCGGCGGCGGCCGGGGAGCGGGGCUUAGGCUCGGCGGCCGACGAGACGCGGGCGGCGCCGCCAUGAACGCGGCGGUGGUGAAGCGGACGCAGGAGGCUCUGGGGAAGGUGAUUCGGAGGCCGCCGCUGACGGAGAAGCUUCUGAACAAGCCCCCGUUCCGCUACCUGCACGACAUCAUCACGGAGGUGAUCAGGGUGACUGGUUUCAUGAAGGGCCUCUACACAGACGCCGAGAUGAAGUCCGAUAACGUUAAGGAUAAAGACGCCAAAAUUAGCUUCCUUCAGAAGGCCAUAGACGUGGUGGUCAUGGUCUCCGGAGAGCCACUGUUGGCAAAACCGGCCCGGAUCGUGGCCGGGCACGAGCCUGAAAGGACCAACGAGCUGCUCCAGAGAAUCGGAAAGUGCUGUCUCAACAAGCUCUCCAGCGACGAUGCGGUGAAGAGAGUGUUAGCCGGAGAGAAGGUGGAAACAAAAGGAAGGUCCUCACUGACAUCAAAACCCCAAGAAUUGGAUAAUAAGAACGUGAGGGAGGAAGCGUCCAGGGUUCAUAAAGAUAAAGAGGAUAGAAGAAACUCUGAAAUAAACGAGAGACAUACAAGCGGAGGUCGAAAACAGAAAGAGGAAUUAAAGGAAGAAAGCAAACCAAGAGAAAAGGAAAAGGCCAAGGAAAAGGCCAAGGAGAAUGACCGAGACAGACACAAAGACCCCGAGAGAGACAAGUACCACGAAGGGGAGAGAGAGCGGGCCAAGAACAGGGCCCGGCUGGAGAGGGACAGGGACCAGGACGCAGAGCGGGAGAGGGAACGGAGGAACGAGGCCGGAAAGGAGAAGGAGAAGUGGAAAGACCGGGAGGGAGCGCGCGAGCGAGACAAGGGCCGGGACCGGGACCGGGACCAGCAGAGGGUACGGGACAGAGAGCGCUCCAGGGGCCGCGACAGGGAAAAGAGCCACGAGCGCGAUAAGCCGGAGAAAAGGUCCUCAGGCUCAGGAGAGAUGUCUAAAAAGUCAUCAGAUGGAUCUUUCAAAGACUUCAAAGCUGAAACAGAGACUGAGAUUUCCACUAGACCAUCCAGGUCCGUGACAGCAAAGACAUCAAAACAGCGAUCCAAAAAUUCAGUGGAAGGAAGAAGGGAUUCUAGAACCAGUGAAAAUAGUCUCUCCCCUGAAAAAGAACGUAACUCUUCCUGCAGUAAAGCUAAGAAGGAACACACCGGGAAGCAGCUCGGGACAGAGGAGGCUAAUACUAACUCAGCUAGCGUUUCAGAUGCUAAUUCAUCUAGUCUGCAGCGGCGAGAAAGUGCUGAGCCAGAACCAGCAGUAAAGCAGAAAGGUGAUUCUCCUAGUGAUGCAGAAGGAGACGUCGGACCUUCUGGCCAGGAGAAGUGUGAGGUGCCGGAGAAUUCCGAGCUGCCCGGCGAGCUCCCAGCCGCUGUCAGGAGGAUACCUCGGCCCGGGAGCGCACGGCCCGCACCUCCCCGGCUCAGGCGGCCGGAGAGUGUGGAGGUGCUGACAACGGACAGGACAGGAAGUGGUAAAACCAUCUCAAAUGUGAUCGUAGAGUCACAGAAUUCUGACGAUGAGGACGACGAUCCGUUUGUGGUGGAGGCUGCCCCCCAGCUCUCUGAGAUGGCAGAGCUUGAAAUGGUACAAGCGGUGGAAUUAGAAGAUGAGAAGCACGGAGGACUUGUCAAAAAAAUUCUGGAGACUAAGAAAGAUUAUGAGAAGUUGCAGCAGUCACCCAAACCUGGAGAGAAGGAGAAGCUGCUCGUCUUCGAGUCGGCGUGGAAGAAGGAGAAGGACAUAGUCUCCAAGGAGAUAGAGAAGCUCCGUGUGUCCAUCCAGACCCUGUGCAGGAGCGCACUUCCCCUGGGCAAGGUCAUGGACUACAUCCAGGAGGACGCGGAUGCCAUGCAGAACGAGUUGCAGCUGUGGCGCAGCGAGAACCGGCAGCAUGCUGAGGCCCUGCAGCAGGAGCAGAGCAUCACAGACUGUGCCCUGGAGCCCUUGAAGGCGGAGCUGGCGGAGCUGGAGCAGCUGGUCAGAGACCAGCAGGACAGGAUCUGCGCUGUGAAGGCCAGUAUCCUGAAGAAUGAAGAGAAAAUUCAGAAAAUGGUACAUAGUAUCCAUUUGAGUUCCAGAAGUUCUCCGGGGAACUCCUCCUUCACCCCAGUGCCCUGGUGGAGGACUCAGCCACGGGCUUGCACUGGUCUUUGUGUCGGCACGUGGCCCAGCGGGACACUCAGAGUACUCUUUGGGAUGGACAUGUGAUGUGGGCUGAGAGGUUUCUCCUGCAGUUACUGAGCAAGGAGCUUGAAGGCCUGUGGCGAUGCAACGCAGAAGAAACUGUCACAGUGGAGACUGCACACAGAGGAAAGCAGGUCUGGAGUGGUUCCAGGGCACCAAGAGAUUCUGCUACAACAGGCCAAUAGAUUCUUUUUUCCUUUACUGGUUUGAGUAGAGCCUCUCCUGACAAAAUCAUCAACUCACUGUGAUGUUCAGAGGGAAACUCUGAAACCGAGCAGGACCCUGUGGGGCUCCUGGGCACAGACGCCUUUCCAUGUCCCCCGUUUCUUGUUUGUAGGGAACAGACUCCAGCCUCCAUGACCUUCCCUGAGUUCCAGAGGGCAGGUUCAAACAGCUGCUAAUCAGGGAAGGGAGGGGAUGCAGAGACAAGGGAGGAGUAGCCAAGAAACAAUAGAGCAGCCUUGGGGGCAGGGUCCUGGUCCCUCCUCAAGGGAUACAUAUAACAAUGUAUUUGAGCUCUUUACAGAACUAAAACCCCCAACAAAUGGGAGAUGUUAGCAUUCUUCAUUCCAGAGAACAUCACAGUUUGAUCACCUCAUCAAGGGACCACAGGAGGCCAGAUGAAAGGGACCAGAGCAGCUCAUUAGGUGGAGACCACCUGAGGCCAGAUGAAAGGAGUGCAGGCCCUGCACACACCCUAAUCCGUAUCAGCAACCCCACCCUUGAACCAUAGCUAUAAACUCCUCACCAAAUCUUCCUGGGUUGGGACACACAGUUUCUGAGGGGCAUGUGGCCCUCUUUGCCCAGCAAAGCAAUAAAGCUGCUCUUUUCUACUUCACCCAAAACUCCAAGAUCUGAUUCAGCUCCGGUGCACAGAGGCUGAGCUUUUG